CCAAGGGUUCAGACGUGUUUAGCUUUCAUUUUUCCUUCCUACCGUCACACAGCUGAUCCAAACGCAUUAUAAAAGCCCAGCACUCGCUCGAUGUUGUGUCAGCUGACGGAGAGCAGCUGGAAACAUAACACGGAUCUUUUCACAGCUGACCGGAGCAAGGUGCAGAAUGGGCGAGUUUGAGCUGCAUGGGUACCAGGGGGAGGUGAUCCAAAGGGCUCUUCAGAAGGAGAACGUAAUCAUUUGGCUGCCGACAGGGGGUGGAAAGACCCGUUGUGCUGUGUAUGUGGCCAAAGAUCACCUGGAGACCACACCUGGGGCUAAGGUGGUGGUCCUGGUAAACAAGGUUCACCUUGUAGAUCAACAUUACAACAAAGAGUUCAGACCUCAUUUGGGCCGGAAUUACAACCUGGUGCCGGUCAGUGGAGACACGGAGCAGAAGGAUUUCUUUGGGAAGGUGAUGCAGGAGGCAGAUGUGAUCAUCUGCACUGCACAGAUCCUGUACAACGCUCUGAUCAGCAAGGAGGAAGCUAAACAUGCUGAGCUCUCAGACAUUACUUUACUCAUAAUUGACGAGUGCCACCACACCCAAAAGGAGACUGUCUACAAUAAAAUAAUGAGAUUAUAUGUGGAGAAGAAGAUGCAAAAACAGGGUCAACUGCCUCAGAUUCUGGGGCUCACAGCGUCACCCGGGGCAGGGGGAGCGAAGUCCCUGCAGAAUGCUGUGGCGCACGUCCUCCAGAUUUGCGCCAACUUGGACUCUGCCAUAGUUUCAACUAAAAACUAUGUCCCUGAGCUGAAGAGGGUGGUACCCCGACCCGUAAAAAAGUUUGACAUUGUGGAGAAAAGACCUGAAGACCCCCUGGGUGAACAUCUAAAACAGAUGAUGCAGCUGGUACAUGAGUUCAUGAACGUGCCCCCUGAGUUCAGGCUGAGAGAGUGCGGCACGCAGGAGUACGAGGCAGACGUGGUGCUUCUGGAGAAGCAAGGGGUAAGUGAGCACAACAGGACGCUGGCACAAUGUGCACUCCACCUGAGGAGGUACAACGACGCCCUGCUCAUCAACGACACCCUGCGCAUGAUGGACGCUUACAGCCACCUGGAGGAAUUCUACAGCACAAAGUCCAGAAACGCCAUUGAUGGGACAGACAUCUUUCUGCUGGGACUUUUCCAAGAGAAUCAGGUGGAGCUGAAGAAGAUUGCAAGGGAUCCUCGCUACGAGAACCCAAAGAUGGGCAAACUUGAGAGCGUUCUGCUGAAGCAGUUUGACUCAGGUGUGAAUUCAAGGGGCAUCCUUUUUUGCAAAACCCGCGAAAGCACUCACCGCCUCAACAACUGGGUCCUUGAAAACACUCUUCUACAGGACGCUGGCAUCAAGCCUGCUGUCCUUACCGGGGCUGGUAACGGCAGCACUUACAUGACGCAGCACGAGCAGGAGGAUACAAUUCGCAAUUUUCGCCAGGGCAAGCUCAACCUGCUGAUCUCCACCAGUGUGGCCGAGGAAGGCCUCGACAUCCCAGAAUGCAACCUGGUGGUGCGCUACGGAUUGCUUACCAAUGAAAUUGCCCAGCAGCAGGCCAUCGGACGGGCCCGAGCACCAGACAGCCAGUACUCCGUGGUCGCUCAAGCAGGGGGGCGGGAACAGCGCAGAGAGUUUGUGAACGAGCACCUGGAGGAGCUAACAGGGGAAGCCAUCGAAGUGGUCCAAGCUAUGAGCCCCAAAGAUUUUCAACAAAAGAUAAGCCAACUACAGAUGCAGGCAGUGCUUGAAAGUAAAUUGGCUGAGAGACUCCAAACAGAGAAGAGGAGUCGCUACACAGCUGCCAGGGUCCAGCUCCAGUGUCGAAACUGCUUUAAGUCCGUGGCCCUGGGCAGCGCCAUUAAGCUCAUUGAUAAUACACAUUAUGUCAACAUCAGUCCUGACUUCAGGGAACACUACACAUUCGGUGGGCAGGUGAUGCUGGAGAGGACUUUCGAGGAUUGGGAGCCUGGGCGUACGAUUCACUGCAAUAAUGGCAACUGCAACAAGCAGUGGGGAUUUGAAAUCAAGUACAAGAAUGCUGUCGUUCUGCCUAAUCUGGCCAUUAAAAACUUUGCUCUGGAGACCCCUGACGGCAGACAAACUGUGAAGAAGUGGAAGGACGUCCCUUUUGCCGUUGACGACUUCAGCUUUGAAGAAUACUGUGACAACUACCCUGACCUCCUUGAUGAAGACACCGACUAGAGAGCUCUGUGUUAUACCCACGUUUAAUCUCUUUUCCCUUUAGUGUAUGUGGGGUUACUGUAAAUUUUUGGUUCUACAUGUUUACAUUAUUUUAUUUACUGAUUUUAUUUAGCCCUGCAACUGACUGGCGACUGACUGACUGUUCAGGGUGUACCAUGCCUCUCGCCCUCAGCUAGCUGGGAUGAGCUCCCCCCUUCUGUGACCCCAAAUGGGACCAAGCAGUAGUUAAUGGAUGGAUAGACGGAUUUGAUGUAUUUCCUCUGACAGAAAUGAGCUUUUCUGCAUCAUCAGUUUUAACUAUCAUGAACACAGACUGAUUAUCUUUUUUAAACUUCUAAAGGGGGGGGGGGUAAAAGCUAUGUGUUUAUUUAUGCAUGCUGAUGAUUUUCUAUCUGGCCUGCUGUCUUCAGGUCACUUUCAAUAUUAACAGUGGCCAUGAACUGACAACAAUUUUAUUAUACCACUUCUGAAAUAAUACAUGUAUUGGAAAGUAGUUUAUGGUUUGUUGCCUCUAGCAACCGCUAGAUGUCAGUGUUGUUCAAUCUUAAACAUCUCUCCUCACUGCCAGAAAAGCCUCUAGUGCUAAUCUGUGGUUUAUCUCGUAAAGGUUUGUUUGUGCGUAAACUGUGUCUGCUGUGUUGUCCAUUGUGCCUGUGGCUCAUUACAGGGUUAUGUGUUUGAGCUUUCACGUCUAAUCCAUCUACACAAAGAAGCUGAUUUGUUAAACACGCAAACAAGGGGAAGGAAACCAUUGAUUGCAGGCAUGAAACUGUCCUGGAUAGAUUUAGAUGUGACCCAAAGAAGAAACAGUAAUGUCUCUUAAUAAAGCUGAUGCCAUUA